AUGAUGAACUGUGCUUGCGAGUAUGACGUCCGUACCCUCCAUAAGCCCUUCAAGAACACGGCUGAGAUGGGAGCCCGACCACCCACACCCUGCCCUGUGAAAACCGAGACAGUCCUCCGCUUAGUUGCGGCCAACGAAACCGCCCUCUCUGUCCGUCUACCGUCUGUCGAGCCACCAGAUUUCCACGAGAGUGACGACGCCACACAACUAUCGAUUUCUUUCGACGUUGAAGUCGGGUACGACACUGUGCACACGGACUUGACGUCGCCAGGGACCGCCCUGGGCGCGGGACAGCGGGUGAACAUGCCACCGGACGCAUCUGGAAAUUACCUCCAUCUGCUCUUCGACCUGACGAGCGAUCAGGCGAUCGAUGUUAGCGAGGUGGAAAUCUACCUGGACGUAGACGAUCCCGACGAUGUGGUGGUUGCGACGCUUCCUACAAUAUCGACCGGUGCGGGUUUCGACUGCACGACCGUUGCGUGA